AUGGAAAAAAUUAUUGCUGUUAAUUUAAAAGCAGCUAUAGCUUUUACUCAUUAUGCUGCUGAUUCUCUAAUAGAGAACAAAGGAAAUGUUAUUAAUAUUGCGAGUUUGUUCGCGAGUACUGUAAUAAAGGAAGCCUUACCGUAUAGUGUGUCGAAAGCUGGUUUGGUCCAUUUUACCAGAUGUGCGGCCUUGGAACUAGCAGAUAAAGGAGUUAGAGUGAAUUGUAUUUCACCUGGACCAGUUAGAAGCAACAUGGUAUUGGGAGAAUUUGAGACAAAGCAAGAAAAUGAUGAAAAUUGGGACACCUGGGCUAAGGAUGCCCCAUUGAAACACUUAGUAACUGAGGAUGAAGUAGCCGAGCUUGCAGAAUUCUUGGCGAGUAAUAAAGCGAGGAGUGUCACCGGGACAGAUUAUAUUAUUGACUGUGGAUGGUCCGUUCAAAAAUGUUGA